AUACUUCAGACACACUAUUACACUAACCUAGCUCGACACCCCGAAGAGAAGCCCGACUGCCGACAGCCCAACACUUCGAUUCUUCGAUUCUUCGAUUCUUCUUCACUCCAGCGCUCACACUACACCAGCAUCUUCGAUUCUUCUUCACCAGCAUCUUCUUCAUCUUCGAUUAAGUAAAAUGGAAGGAGAGAAUGAUAUGCAAACUACUGAACCUACUGGAGGGACCAGCACUGACCCUCCUGUGGACAGUGCAGCUUCAACUCACAAGAAACGCAGAGCAAUGAAACCGAGGAGUGAAGUUUGGAAGCAUUAUGACAAAAUUCAGAAUGAGCUUGGUGAAUUAAGGGCAAGGUGCAAGUAGGGUAGGCCUACUAGCUAUGAUUGGAUUGUUGUUAGAAAAUUCGCAUCUUGCUUGAAGAUAUUUUAUGAUCUAACUAUUAAAAUAUCCGGCACAUCUUAUGUGACUUCUAACCUUUUCUUCCAUGAGAUAUAUGCGGUUCAUUCCAUAUUAUAUGGGUGGGUACUUGACAUGCAUUGUGAGAUGUAUGAAAUGGGAGAAAAAAUGUUUCAAAAGUUUAACAAGUAUUGGGGAAAUCCAAGAAAGAUGAAUAAAUUCUUGUUUCUUUCCGUUGUGCUUGAUCCAAGGCAUAAGCUACAAUUUUUAGUGUAUAUGCUCAAAGACAUGUAUGGAUAUGAAGUAGGUGGGGCAAUGGGAAAAGAUGUGGAAGAGACACUAUCAAAAAUGUUUGAUGAGUACAAGUCUAAGAUGGGAAUGAGCAACGAUGUUAAUAGCGGAAGAGAGAAUUUGUUUGAAGAAAAUGGUGGUCCCGUGCAUCCUUCUCUUAGGUUGAGGCUUCAAUUUGAGAGGGAUAAUGGAAUGGUUUCACAAGGUGUUGGUUGUUCGGAUUUGGAUGAGUAUUUGAGUGAAAAACCUAAGAAAUUUACCGAUGAUUUUGAUAUAUUAGGUUGGUGGAAGCUAAAUUCAGUGAGAUUUCCCAUCCUAUCUCAAAUGGCGCGUGAUAUUUUGGCUAUGCCUAUAUCAACCGUGGCAUCCGAAUCAGCUUUUAGCACGGGCGGAAGAAUCAUUAGUGAUUUUAGAAGUUCUUUAUCUCCUAGAAUGGUACAAAGUCUUGUUUGUGCUCAAGAUUGGAUGCGUAAAACGGCAAAGGCAAUUAAUGUCGAGGAAACACACGAUGAUAUGGUUGAACUUGAGAAAGAUAUAAGCAAAUUGGAUGUACGUGCCGGACAUACUACUCCUUCAACUGCCAAUUCGGUGUUCAUCUUUGGCGACUAAACAAGGACUUGGAUUGCGAUGCCACUAACUUGCUUUUGCUGAAUUGUUUUCCACUUGUAUUUUCAUUUGCUCCAAGUUUAAUGUACCAAAGUCUAAAAUUACUGGAAUGAUGCUAUUGAUGUACUGGUUUAAAACUUUAAAUGAUGUAGUGAUAUUUUUCUCCAUUAUUUUUGUGAAUUUUCUCCAUUA